AUGGAAGAGUAUGGGCAAGAAAUUGAGGACAGGGAGCCAACCAGGGACAAGUGGGAUGAGGAGAAUCGAGGGGAAAGCAGAGGGUAUCGAGGAAAGAGGAGACGACACAGGGAGAAUGAAAAGAACGAAGCAGUGGAAGAGGCUGGAGAAAAGAAAACAAACGGAAAGCAGAAAGGGAAGAUCCCACAUUCAACAAUAAAACGCCUCUUCACCUACUGCUGCCCAUCCCUCGUCGUGGACUUCCUCUGGAGUGAUCCGUCACAAUUCCGGAUAUCGAAGUUUUUCAUUGGCUAUGGAAUGGGAGCGAUAUUUGGAAUCGGAGUCAUUGAGCUAUCUGCUGAAGAUUACCAAUAUCACACUGGAAUACAAAUAUGUUUUGCAGUGUUUUACUUCAUUAUGGUGGAUAAACUGGACCUUUAUGAAGACCACAAGCUCUACAUUCUCUACGGAAUGUCAUGCUUGAUGGGUUUAGGGUGGAGUCUCUCGGUCCAUUAUCGCUGUGCCAUUAUGCUAAUGGUGCCCCACCUGCUGGGGAGCAGAGGCCGAGGGAUCCUCCUGAUGUUACUAAUGGCCAUUGUUACAGAAGGGCCUGUCUUCAACAUUCAGAGGAAUAUUGAAGUUGUCGGUGAAUCUGUGGGCUGUACCAUCGAGUUGCAGAUCAACCACACCAAGACGCUCUGGAAACUGAUGCUGAAUCCUUUGAGACAGAUCAUUCGCAACAUGAAGGAAAACGGGAAGGAGUUUGGUGAGGAGACGAAGAAAGUGAAGUCUUCCUUCGUGAAAGUGAACGAGGAGAUCUUGAUGAAGCAAGGCUACGACAUCUCCCGGGAGAAGAGCAAAGCGCACAGCAAGAUGUCCACGCAGAUACUGUAUGAGAUGAGGACGAAAUUGCGGUGCGAGUACAUAGUGAACCUCGGUAUUGACCGAUGUAAAGCGUGGUUUGCUCAGAAACACAAGGCAUGUUUGACCAAGCUCGUCGUCCCUCUCUUCAACCACCUGUUCUGCUUGCCGAUGACCUUCAGCUUCCUCUGUAACAUCAUGAAGGUAAUGACCCCAUGGUGUAAGGACCGGAUUCCUGUUGAUAAGAAUUUUGGACAGCUCUACGACAAAGUGAAUGGCUCAGUGGACAAUCUCAACAAGGAGUUCACAGCGGAAAUGGCCAUCAGUAAAAUGGAGCAGGAGUCCAUCAUUGGUGCCAACAUUACAAAGGCUGACGUGACAGAAUCUGUUCGCGAGGAAAUCCUGAAGAAGAAGACCCUGCUGGAUAAAGUGAUUCUUGUCUUCAAACUGCUCGCUUCCCUCUCCUUCCUUCUCCUCUUCAUCACUUCCUUCCUGUACACCCUGAACUACAACAGAGACAUCCGUUACGAUAAUAUUUAUGUCAGCACCUAUUUUCGCCAGAUCGAUGCCAGGAGACGCAGAGUGGACCGAAGACACAUCCUCCCACUGAAAAAGGCAGAGAGACCAGAUGUGAUCUUCCCCUGGCAGCGAAAGGUCCAUUCGACAGAAAUGAAAACUCUGAUCCUUGAGCUGGUCCAGUAUGUAGCUAUUAUCCUCGUCGUCAUUGCCCUGUUCAUCCUGGAUUGGCUCCUCUUUACCAUGUUGGAUAUUAUCCGAAGGCACAGUUUUCUGGAAUACAGCUUCAUUGAGAGCCACCAGCUGAAGAUCGAGGUGGGGGGAUCCUCCAUAUUGGCCAAUCUGAUUCGCCGAGCCGUGUCAGCCUUUAACACCAGCCUGGAUGUCAAGAUCGAGUCCAACAACUUACAUUGUCUCCCUGUGCCCCACAAGAUGAGCAGGCAGUCCACCAUGCUUACCCUGGUGCCCGUCGUUGGCAUGAUUGUGUUCUGCUUCCUGCAAACGUACAGUUACAGGCUGCGACGGGUCAUCGCUGGGUUCUGCUUCCCCAAGCGAGAGAAGAAACGGGUGCUGUUCCUGUACAAUGAAUACCUGCGAAAAAGGAUCAGCUUCGCAGAGACGCAGCGCAAGAAAAUUCUCCUCCUGGCAAGGAAGAAACAGCUCUGGCAACUCCACGGUGUAGCCGGGACUCUCCAUCGCCUGGUGCCGUGCCUGCAGAGGUUCAUCCGAAAGCGAUGCGUGGUGUGCAGCGAGGGGCCCACCCAGACAUCGUACUAUUGCCCCAACGAGGGCUGUGCGGCCAUGUACUGUCACCUCUGCUGGAAGGACGUCAAGAGGUUUUGUUUCUACUGCAUGCCCUUCGAGGACUUUGUAUCCGAGGCCAGCGAUGAGGAAAACAACCCAGUUUACGGGGAAUGA